AGGAAACAAAGGAGCUGUCCUACCGGUGAAGCAACAUGUUGGAUUCCUCAGAAUCAACCAGACAAGCAGCUGCUGCAGAUUACAGCUUCACUCCGAGUUAAACAUCAACUCAGCUGACCUGCAGACUCAGAGAUGGAAAAAGUGUUCAUGCUGAAGGCCUGCCUGCUGCUGGCUGUUGGAGACGUGGCGGCUCAGACAGCUUCACCUCCCUCCUACGAGCGGCUUCUUCCUCAGUGGCUGACCGGCAUCAUUGCCGUCUCCGGGUUCCUCCUCCUCACCUUCAUCGGCUUCCUGGUGAAGAAAGUCUGGUGUGAGGAGUCCAGAAGGAAGAAUGGUGUGGAGUCUGUAAAAGGAAACGACUAUGUAAUGAGUGAGCCCUAUGACACCAGGCUGGACGCCAUCAGGAACCAGAUGAGCGUUGAGACGGAGAAAGAAAACGAAUAUGAGACGAAUCUCGGUGCUCUCAGGAACCGAGUGAGCGUUGAGACGGCAAAAGAAAACGAAUAUGAGACAAACCUGGAUGCUCUCAGGAACCGGGUGAGCGUUGAGACGGCAAAAGAAAACGAAUAUGAGACAAACCUGGAUGCUCUCAGGAACCGGGUGAGCGUUGAGAUGGCAAAAGAAAACGAAUAUGAGACAAACCUGGAUGCUCUCAGGAACCGGGUGAGCGUUGAGACGGAGAAAGAAAACGAAUGUGACCCGAACCUGGAUGCUCUCAGAACGAAAGACAAGAAAAACGGCUAUGACAACCUCAGGAUGAAAAAUAGUGUGGAUAAAGCUACACCCAUGUGACCGUCCUCCAGAGAUCCUAUUGGCCGUCUAGCUUCAGGCUUCUCUUGCAGUUCCAAAUAAAACCAGAAAUCAUGAUGGCAGAUGUCUCUUCAGGGUCCUAACUUUGAUUUUUCAUUGUCCGAUCAAUAAUGAAGCAGAAGUUUUGAGAUAAUCAGCUGUUUUUCUUCGUCCUGAUUAAUAAAUGAUCUUUUC